AUGCCCAAGGACCGGCGUGACCCGACCGAUGCCGGGGAGGAAGCAGGCGAGCUCGGACCAGUAGCAAGCACCCCAGUGGUGUCGAGCUCUCCGGAGGAAUACCUACGGAUUGGCACCCGACGUCACAGUGAGCACUACAAUGGAUUUACUGGCAGAAGGUCACCUGAAAAAGUGCCUCAAGCAAAACAAAGCAGGAACAAGCUAAACCUCCAGGCACACAGUCCACAGCGAGAAGCUGCACAAACACACACAAAACACAAGCCCGAAAAGAACCAGCACUGCUGGCACCCAGACGCGGCAUCGCCAGCCCAAGCGCGAAGCCGCGCAGACAAGCAGCCUAAGGGUCAAGCAAUCAAGCAACAAGCAGGAGCAUGCAGGAGGAAUAACAUCGGCCAAUCGUCUCAGGAGUCUGAGCCUGCUCCUCCGCCGCGACCUACGCUGUCCCUCACCUCUGCGAGCGAGCGCCAACGACAGUUGGCGAUUCAUCAGUUCACUGCGGGUGACCUUCAUCGGGCGGUACGGACACUACUGAGCUCCGGCAUCUACAGGGCUGAAUCUUUCGCUGAUCUUCUUGCUGAAGCACAAGAGAAGUUCCCUGAUGUUCGGGCUCGAUCGAGACGGCCUGACAUAGGAUUUACAAACGGCUGUCUGAAGUUCUCGCAAACCGCGUCAGCGCUCCUGCCCCUUCACGCUCGCGGUGAUGAUGAGGAUGUUGCCAACCCCACAGUGCUGGUGAGUUUGGAUGCAAAGAACGCCUUCAACUCCCUCGACCGCCAGGCUCUCUUCGAUGCAAUCGAGGGACGUGCGAGUCGCGACUACUUUGAUGGGAGCAUCACUGAAGGCGCAAGCUUGCCCUCUUGCGAGCAUCUCCGUUUGUUCGCCUCCUACCUCUCCAGCUACUAUGGAGACUCUGCUGACCUUCGACUCUUUCACAAAAGUCAGUCAGCCUCCGUUCAGUGUACCUCGGGCGUCUGUCAGGGCGAUGUCCCCUCCAGCGUGUUUUUCUGCCACAGUAUCCACCCCCUGCUCCUCCAUAUCGCAGAGCUUUUUCCCUCUGUUCGAGUCUUGGCCUAUGCUGACAACGUCGUGCUUGUCGGUCCACUCGAGGAUGCCGUUGCAGCUACGUCCGCUAUGAAGAAGUACAUGGUGGCUGAUCUGAAGCUAGAGAUUCAACCUCGCGAGUCGAAAGUUUACAUCCCCUCCUGGCAUCAACACCCUGAUCUCUCGCAGCUGAAGAAGAGCCUUAAGCGCCGCGUCUCAAGACUCAACUUCUUCACUUCGAGGUCGUCACUGGCGGGAUUACACUUGGCGGCCUGCCUAUCGGCACGCCGGAUGGAUUUCAUGCUAGUCAGCUCCGAGCGAAGGUUUCUACCCUCAACGAAGAGCUCUCAAAGCUCGGGCUCGUCCAGCAUCAUGGCUUCAUGUUCAAGACGCUGGAUCAAGCUAAACCUCCAGGCACACAGUCCACAGCGAGAAGCUGCACAAACACACACAAAACACAAGCCCGAAAAGAACCAGCACUGCUGGCACCCAGACGCGGCAGCGCCAGCCCAAGCGCGAAGCCGCGCAGACGUUCGGACAAGCAGCCGAAGGGCCAAGCAAUCAAGCACCAAGCAGCAGGAGCAUGCAGGAGGAAUAAAAUCCCUUAGACGCGAUACCCGGAGGCAGCCGACUGAGGCGCUGUCAGUCGAGACGUCCGCUGCCGCCACAAAGCGGGCGGCCGCGGACGGAGAAAGGGCAGCCGCCGACAAGGAGCCGGCGCUGCCCGGGGGUCCGCCUGGGGCAGCGGACGGUGGGAGGCUGGACACAGGAACCCGGAUUCGUCGCUUUGACCUCUCUGUCCACCUGGCGCUUGAGAAAUACCACCGCUGGCCUUCCUCGCAGUACCUCGCCGCGCAUCCCGACCUGCUAGAGUUUGCGAGGUUCAAGCGGGAGCUUCCGCAUAGUCGGGGAGGGGACGAGUUCACGCCCUCUGAGGGUCUACACCCCGCUGUUUACUAUACGGCUAUCGCUCGCUUCCUCGCUUGGUACUCUGACCAGCCGAUGUCACGGACGCUGCUCUCUCCUCAUAGCCUGGACGUUCACUGCUCGAGAUCUCUCCGUGCCCAGAAGCAUCCUCUGGCGACCUUCUUCGUUGAGGCGCACGACUUCGUUCAUAAUGCUGGAGCGAUCCUCUACCGUCGUGUCAAGGCUCCUGCACCGGCUGCAGAUGGCGCGGCGAUCCCACCUGCCCCGGCUGCUGUGCCUGAUGACGCAGGACGCCCCCCGGCAUCUGUGGUACACAUCCCUGGUUUGCGCGCUCUCGUCGACUCGUCUCAUGAGCACUUCAUUCCUCCGCCUGCGCAGCGAAAUGUGACCCCUCUUGUCAUGCGCGUCUUCCCUCGCGGAUAA